AUGGGGGUUUACCUUAGCACUCCGCAAACUGAGAAGGUAUCCGAAGAUGGGGAAAAUGAUAAACUUAAAUUCGGACUUUCAUCUAUGCAAGGGUGGCGUGCAACUAUGGAAGAUGCUCACUCGGCUUUGCUAGAUCUUGACAAUGACACUGCAUUCUUUGGUGUUUUUUAUGGACAUGGAGGGAAGUUCUCCAUAGUGAAGCCUAUGCAGCUGGUGACCUGGGUGCUGCUGUCCACAGAGCUUACUUCAGAAUGGAUGAAAUGA